AUGGCGGCAACAAAUUCAGCUUCAUCAACAACAUCGGUUAAUCAAUCUUCGAAAAUUCUCUUAGCUACAGCUCUAGUGCUAAUCGAAGACAAUUGUGGGCUGAAGUACCAUGCACGAGCGCUGUUGGAUUCAGGAUCAGAAUCCAAUUUUGUUUCGGAGAGAUUAUGCCAGCGUAUGAGAAUAUCCAGAACAAAGGUAGAUGUCUCUAUAGUGGGAAUUGGCGGUGUGGCAACAAGUGUAAAGCAUAAAGUACAUGCAACAAUUCGAUCUCGAACAUCUCCGUAUGCGCAAAAAAUGAGUUUCCUAGUUCUUCCUCGGGUGACAGUCAACCUAUCAAGUGCAACAGUACAAAUGAAACGCUGGAACAUGCCCGACGGCAUCGAACUGGCCGAUCCAGCAUUUUAUCAAUCUGGUAGCGUCGAUUUAGUGUUGGGAAUACAAUCAUUCUUCAGCUUCUUCCAAACGGGAAAUGAAAUAUCAUUAGGAGACAGUUUACCACGACUUACAGAAUCUGUGUUUGGCUGGGUGGUAUCAGGAGAAAUGGCAUCAGAAGAACCAAUUUCACGCAUUAGUUGCAACAUGGCAAUAUCAGAUCGAUUAGAGGAGCUUAUAACUCGGCUUUGGUCCUGCGAAGAAGUAGGAACUACCAACUACUCACCUGAGGAAUCAUGCUGUGAGGAAUCAUUCCAGCGCACAGUGCAGCGCAGUGCAGAUGGUCGUUACACUGUGACACUUCCAAAAAAUGAGGACAUCAUAUCAAAAUUAGGAGAGUCACUGGAAAUAGCUAAAAAACACUUCGAAAGCGUGGAACGAAGACUCACUCGAAACGAUAUAUUACGAGAGCAAUAUCAAAGGUUUAUGAAAGAAUACAUCGAAAGGGGGCAUAUGCGGAAGGUGUAG